AAAAGGCAAUACAAGCCAUCCACCAUUCCAUAAGAUCCCUCCUAGUGGCAGGGGUGUGUACUACACUACUUGGCCUCCACAUUGCCAGAUGAUCACCCGUGACAUCCCAGGAUUGGGAAAGUAUUCCUUUGGAUCCGAGCGUACCGCAGGUCCUCCCAACUUCCUCUUUGUCUCAACAUGACCAAGAUUUUUUAUUCAACCUUUUACUGAGUUUUUAAAUAUAACCAUCAGGCUUUCUUAACAUAUUUGAAAGGUAUAUUUAUACAUAUAUAUAUUUUUUUUACAGUUUUACUGUGUCUCUAAGGUAUAUUCACCGGGUGUUUUACUCUGCUUCUAAGGUAUAUUUACCAGGUGCUUUACUGUGUCUCUAAGGUAUAUUCACCGGGUGUUUUACUGUGUCUCUAAGGUAUAUUCACCGGGUGUCUUACUGUGUCUCAAAGGUAUAUUUACCGGGUGUUUUACUGUUUCUAAGGUAUAUUUACCAGGUGUUUUACUGUGUCUCUAAGGUAUAUUCACUGUGUGUUUUACUAUGUUUCUAAGGCAUAUUCACCGGGUGUUUUACUUUGUUUCUAAGGCAUAUUUUCAGGUAUAUUUACCAGGUGUUUUACUGUUUUUCUAAAGUAUAUUCACCAGGUGUUUUAGUGUGUCUCUAAGGUAUAUUCACCGGGUCUUUUACCGUGUUUAUAAGGCAUAGUCACCAGGUGUUUUACUUUGUUUCUAAGGCAUAUUCUCAGGUAUAUUUAUCGGGUGUUUUACUGUGUUUCUAAAGUAUAUUCACCGGGUGUUUUACUGUGUUUCUAAGGUAUAUUUACCACAUGUUUUACAGUGUUUCUAAAGUAUAUACACCGGGUGUAUUACUGUGUUUCUAAGGUAUAUUUACCGGGUGUUUUACUGUGUUUCUAAGGUAUAUUUACCGGGUGUUUUACUGUGUUUCUAAGGUAUAUUUACUAGGUGUUUCUACGGUAUAUUCUAAGGUAUAUUUACCAGGUGUUUUACUGUGUCUCUAAGGUAUAUUUACCAGGUCCUUUACCGUGUUUCUAAGGUAUAUUUACUGGGUGUUUUACUGUGUUUAUAAGGUAUAUUUACCAGGUGUUUCACCGUGUUUCUAAAGUAUAUUCUAAGGUACAUAUACCAGGUGUUUUACCGUGUUUCUAAGGUAUAUUCUAAGGUACAUAUACCAGGUGUUUUACUGUGUUUCUAAGGUAUAUUUACCAGGUGUUUUACUGUGUUUCUAAGGUAUAUUUACCAAGUGCUUUACCGUGUUUCUAAGGUAUAUUUACCAGGUGUUUUACUGUUUCUAAGGUAUAUUAACCAGGUGUUUUACUGUGUUUCUAAGGUAUAUUCUAAGGUAUAUUUACCAGGUGUUUUACUGUGUUUCUAAGGUAUAUUUACCAGGUGUUUUACCGUGUUUCUAAGGUAUAUUUACCAGGUGUUUUACUGUGUUUCUAAGGUAUAUUUACCAGGUGUUUUACCAUGUUUCUAAGGUAUAUUAGGCUGCUAAUAGACUAACAGACUGUGUGACCUGCAAAGGACGUGAGACAGCUGAUUCUAUAAAUAACCUGACACCAGACCCCCCCAUAAAAAGGACCACAGGCUACACACAGAGAGGGACGCUCCAGGCGCCAUGAAGUCUCUGCGCUUCCUGGCGUGCGAGGCCUUGGUCCUGAGCGGGCCGAGCGCCGAGGAGAACCUGAUCGGCGUGUCUUUGGACUUGUACCCGAUGCUCUUCAAGGUCUGCUACCUGCACGAGCGGGCCGCGCUGCUGCGGGCGUUGGUGCGCACUUGGCCGCUACCCGAGCUGCACCUGCAAAGCCUGCUGGGUAGGACGGCCGACUGCCAGCUGGACCUGACCGCCCGGACCUGCCGGACCUGCCUGCUGGCCUUGGGCACGGGCCUGAAGGAGUACGUGUUGUCGCCACGAAGCACGUACGCCAAAGUGCUCCAGGUGGUGGACCUGACGGCCCUGAAGGACGUGGAGCACCAGGCGUGUCCCUGCGGGAGCACCUUGGGGCGAUGGGGGCGCACCCGGCUGCUCAGCCAGAUGUGCUACGAGACCACGGAGGCCAUGCAAGCCACCGACGCGUCCCCGGCGGCGUUCCACAUGGCCAUCGAGGUGCGGCUGAACGGCUUCGUCACGGGCCGCAACUUCGAGCAGGUGGCGCAGGCCUUGCUCCUCCUGCGCCUCUGCCCCCUCAAGCUGCGCUUCCCGGCGUUCCGUGCAGAUUCCCUGGCGCUCCAACAGCUCUUCUACGUGCUGCCGCUCGCCCGGCCCGAGCGCAUGAGCACGCUGGAAGUGGUGCACAACGUUCCCCUGGAGGCGGCGCACCUGGAGGCGCUGCUCUCCAGGGUGGAGUUCCCCAGGCUGCGCUCCCUCACCCUGCCUGCGGGGGCGCUGGACGUGCGCCGGCUGGGACCCAACCGACAGGACCUGCUGGCCGCCAUCGGCACCCUGCUGGCACGACUCACCAACCUCAGCCACCUCUCUGUGGGAUUCUCCACGCUCACCGGACACCUACGGAGACUGCUCAGUCCUCUCAACACGGCCCUCGAAAGUCUGGAGUUGGCCAACUGCGGCCUGACCCGCGUGGACAUGACGUACCUGUCCAACAGCCUGCACAGCGAGGCCCUGGUCCGCCUGGACAUGAGCGGACACGACGUCCUGGACGCCUUCCCCGCCGCUUUCCACAAACUCCUCAGCCGCUGCUGCGCCUCGCUGGCCUCUCUGGCGCUGGAGGAGUGCGGCAUCGAGGACGCGCACGUGGACGCCUUUGUGGACGCGUUGUCCCGCUGCCAGGCGCUGGAGGAGCUCAAACUCCUGGGCAACCCUCUGACCUCCCGGGGCCUGCGGGUCAUCUUCUCAGCGUUGGCGGCGAGAUUCCCCAAGCUGGCGUACGUGGAGAUGCCCGUGCCGCGCGAGUGCUACGCGGCGGAUGCUGCGUACCCGCUGGACGACUCGGUGCUCCUGCAGUACGACCGGGCGCUCUUUCAGGACGUCAGGGAGCAGCUGGUGGGCAUCCUGGCGGCGGCUGGAAGAGGGGGCGUGGAGGUGUGCACCCCGCUGAUGGGGGCCUACGACGCAGACAUCCGUGAGACCAGCAACGAGCUGGGCGUGUCCAUGCUGAAAUCCUUCCACAGCGUCAUAGGGAACUUCAUAGGCACCAUAACCGACGUAGACAACAGGAGAAGCCACAAGAACUGAUGCGUUCACACAGGACUGCUACAUAUCUGUGGCGGCAUCACCAGUGCUUCCCCCCUCCAACUGUGGAGAUAUUUACCACUUUUAUCUUGUUGGACUACCCGCGUCUGUCUUUGUCCUCUGGUGGCUUUAUGGAUGAUCAACCUUUUGAGCAGGUACCCCCCCCGUUGUUGAUGGCUAAUAAAGAUACCAUGACGUUAAAUGAUGUCUUAUAUAGAAUAUAUCAGGCUUUUCACAAGUCUAUUUAAGAUAAUGACCCGGUGUGGAGAUGCCUGGGGAGUUCCUAUAGCAAUAAAUAACUGGGAUUUGUCAUAAAUGCACAUUUUAGUGGGGAAAUUGGUUACAUGUCACUUUAAAUACCACGCCAUUCAUUUCUUCAUCCAUUCCUCCCUCUCUUUCCUCUCGCGGAUCACCUCGUCCAGGUACGGCGUCAGGUAGUGGUCGUCCUGUACGUGGGUUCAGACAGCAGUUUUAGGGACAUAUCGAAUACCCCCCCCCCCCCCAAAACCAACCCCCGUACCUCCUCGUAUUUUGUCCACUGGUCUUUGGGGAGGAUCUGCUGCUUCAUGGACAGGUCCAGGGCUCUCUUGAUGCGGAACAUGCGGUCGUUGUAGACGUUCUCCGGGAGCCGCCUCAAGGCCUCUUUCACGUCGCCGUCCUCGUAUAUCGUGUCGUCUCGCAUCAAACCUGCCACAGCGCAUGGGGAAAAACAUCUGGAUUAACCGGGACGUGUACCAGAUCUGGGGUGCCCGUUACGCACGUUGCCAAGGUCGCUCGGGUGGAUGGCGUCAACGUGUCGCAUGACAUCAGCCAGCUCACUCCUGAUUGGCUCUCGCUCACCCACGCCUAGCAUGAAGCAGGUUUCAUCUUCAUUUAUUUUAUGUUUCUAUUUUGAGUCAAAUUGUGUUUUUUGCACAAUAGUUUUAUUUAUUGAAAGAAAGUUUGAUUUCUUAUUUUUGUUAUGAUUGGAUUCCAUUGUGCACUAUAUUGUUGUAUUGUUCAAUAUAAUUCCGUCUUGAUAUAU